UGUAUCAUUUGUAUUUUGUCUUCCAGGAGUAUAUUUCACCUUACUUUGGCAUCAAAUCAGCAAGUGAAAGAAGAAUGGAAAUAAUUGAGAACAGUGUUUUAGAGAUGCAGAACAAUAUGGUGGAGACCAUGAAGAAAGUCCAAGAUGUUGUUGAUACUAUACAACAGCAGCAGCUAUUAUUAAAUGAAGAACUUCUCAAGUCAAAAUCAAAUGGAGCAUCUUACCCUCAGUCAAGUCGGCUUUCCAAUGAAAUAAAAUCUGAGUUGACAUCAAUUAAAGGUAUUCUUCUAAGCAGGAAGCAAUUUACGCCAAUACCAAACAUUACAGCAACUCUCCCACCUUGGCAGUUAUCAGAAGAAAGUAGCAAUUCAAAUAAUAAUAGCCAUGUAGAGCUGUCGGUUGGAAAAUCCUCUCAGUCUUGUAUAAAUACUGCAGCAGACAAAAUUAAAAGUGAUAUAAAAGAACGGAUGAAUCCAGUUGCAGCAUCUGGGCAAUCAAGUGCAGAUUCUUCAGAUAUUAGUCCAGUGAAUAGUGAAGACCUAGCACCAGAUAUUGAAGACAUAAGUAAUGUGAAUGAAAGCAAUAACCAAGAUUCUGCUCAGUCUACAUAAACGAUACAAAAAGGAAAAGGAAGGUGUUUGGUAGGUUUUGAAUAAAAAACAAAAAAAGAAAAGAAUGGAGAGCAGGGAAUCAUUGAAAAUAUUUUCUUAAAUCUGUUUGUUUGAGAUUUUUGUAUAACGUUUACUGGUAACCAGAGAUGUGAGAUCACUAUGAACAAGGAUAAGGUUUAACCACUUUCAGUGCCGUACGGGUCUGAUGAAUAGUCAGUGGAGCAGCUGUGUAAUUAACAAUAACUAUUCAGCAGUUUCUUGAUAAACAUAAUAGUAAAUAAUAUUUUAUUUGACUGUAAUUGAAUAUGGAAACCUGCUGGUCAUUUGCUUGCAGAACUGAAAGGAUAAAAUUAUGAUUUAAUUUACUACCUUUUGCUUUGAAGCUUAAACACGUUGGUUCAUUUGAUGAACAGAAACAACGUUAACACAUCUAAAUUGCAAGAACACUGCUUGAAGCAUGAAAAAGUUUUCAUAAUAUAUUAUGAAUAAAUUUUGAUGAUCACAUA